UUUUUAAUCUAAAAAGUUAACUCUCAAAAUGUUCCAGUCAAAACCAGUUGAACACCUUGCCUCAAAUUGUGAUUUCGGAGCAUGCCUGCAGAGCUGUUGUGGCGUCUGUGAAGCUGAAGUGGAUGGAGUUCAAGGAGGAUGUGUGGCAAAACAAUGUGGAGCUGCAAGAUGACGUUGUUCAACUCCAAACUCAAGAUGCUGCCCGGGUCAAACGCAUCCAACAAGCAGAAGGUGUCAGUUGUGGUGCUGGCGCUGGUCUUGCUGUCCCACGAGACUCGUUGCGACCCUCUCAGCGCAUCUGACGAGUGCUGCAGGCAGCCUUCGCGAGGGUGUCGCCUCCACCUGUUCCUGUGUCGCUCGGGCGGGGUCAGCGGCGGGACCGCCGAUGCCUCGGCCGGUAUCCUGACCUUGGGCAAGCGCAUGGAAGAUGAGGGCACCUUCAACAAUCGCUUACAGCAGCUCCUGUACGGGUCGCGGAGCCACGCUGCCGGCAUCCUCACCAUGGGCAGGAGGGCCCAGAACCUGUGGGGGUUGCCCUCACCUGUUUGAUGCAGAGGCGGACUUAGCUUUUGUGCCUGGGGCCACCAGAUUUCCAGGGGCCUUUAAACAUUUCAUGAAACUGAUGAAUAAAGUUUUCUCCCAUUCAA